AUGCAUCUCAGCCUCUACCUCGUUCACACAGCACUCCUAAGUACCGCCGCCGUUGCCAGACCUUCAGUGAUCUCGAGCCGAACGAACCACGAGUUGACGAAACGGCAUUUCUGGUGCAACGGAGCGCAGCCAGUGGAUUCCGAGGACAUCUGCCCUGAAGGCCAGACCAUGGUCCCCAUCGACGAGUACGCCUGCGACGCCAUCUCCAGUGCUGGAAGGAUGAGCCAGAUAUCGCCACCUGUCAACGGCGAGAAGAGUACCACUUGCCAGCAGCAGACGCCCGCUGAAAAUUUGUCGACUCCACCGGCCGUUCAGGGGAGUUUGGAGUCUAGCCCUAUAGUUAGCUCUACUGUACCGAUGCAUUUGACGUGUACGGAGAUUGAUGGCGCGACUGGAUCUUCCCUUCUGUUGAACUGCACGACGGCAGCUUGA